CGAUGUCCUUAUUGAACUCCGGACCGUAGACCACGUUGCCGAAGUUCCUCAGGAAGGCGGCAGUAUGGAGCCAAUACAUGUUAAGAUUCUUAUCAAGGGUGAGGAGAACACUCCUCGUGCUGUCCGAGUGGAACUCACAAGUGAAGCAAACCUGUUUUUUCACUAUGUUCACUAUACCGACAAGGCUUCGUACCAGACAAUUCAGGAGACACAAAGAUUAAUGGUUGACUUCAACGAAUAUCCCGCUGUGCUAGGGAGAAUGCUUUGUCGGUGCAUGAAGGAGCCACAGUCCUACAUGGCAGUUCUAGUAAUGCAGAAGAAUGGUCCUGCAAGAUUGGACUUCAUCCAGAACAUCGAGUACAAGUUUUUGGAGCUGCUAUCUUGCAAUUUCUGCCCGUCUCCUGAGGAGAUCGUCAGGAAACAUAUCACGUACCGAUAUAAUCUCAUCAAGGGGAGAAUGGCAAUGAUGCAAGCCCGACUUGCAGACGUUAAUGCUAUCGUGAAAGUGAAGAACCCAAGUCUCCUCCUCCAUAUCCAACGAGUUACAAGUCGACUUCCACAUCAUCGCAAGUUCAGCACCACUUCAGCGUAGCGUACUGGCGGAAUAUGGUGGUGAUCAGUGAUUCAGUGUUUUUUUUGUUUUGUUUUGUUUCAUUUUUUCCUCUUUUCAUUCUUCUUCUGACCAUUCGCAGGUGUUCUCUGACAGAAGGCAAGGUUUUUCGUUGGCUUUUACAAACUUCUUAAAUAGGCAAUGUUUCUGGUUUAGGGUUUUACUAAUUUCUUAACUAGGUAAGUUUGAGGCCGACUUUCCAUUUAUAGAGUCCUAGGAGGAAUCUGUUUCACUGUGCCAGUCUCCCUUUUUGCCUUUCUUGUUGUUGAAGUUACACCGCAUCGAAGCAUCGAGCAAGAGGAGAGGAGUACUUAGGGGCAGGCCCCCCACCAGUGCUAUUUUCAUGCCAGGAAAGCAUGCACCUGGCCAUGAUAACACCCAGGUUAAUGCCACCUUCCCAUUACUCCUUUUUCAAGGAUCUUUCCGAUCAGUCAAUGCUGCUAUGUCCAUGCUUUCCAAGCAAUCAACAUAGCGGCAGCAUCCAUGGUAGGAAAAUCAUGAACCUGGCCACUAUUACGGCUAGGUGCAUGCUUGCCAAGCAAUCAACAAAGCUCCAGUAAGGCCGACUCCUUAAGUCUCUUCAAGGGUUUAUUUUAUUGCUCAGUCAAUGUUAAACACGUUCAUGCUAGGAUAGCACAAACCGAACCUGGCCAUUAUUACGGCCAGGUGCAUGCUUGCCAAGCAACCAACAUAGCACCAGUAACUCUCUUCAAGGAUUGAUUGUGUUUCUCAGUCUAUGUUAAACAUGUUCAUGCUAGGACAGCACGAACCGAACCUGGCCAUCAUUGCGGCCAGGUUCAUGUUUUUCCAAGCACAAGCAUAGCACUACUGGUAGUGGGGUCUGCCCCUUCGUUUUUUUCUUUGAGGAUUGUUUGCAUUGCUGCCAAGUCAAUGUUAAAUAGUUUUAAAUUUUGAAUUUUAAUUUUUAAAUUUUAAUCAAGACAACAAGAUGAG